CCAGCGAAGCGAGCCAGCGAGCAGAGCUCGGAGUGAGCCGAGCACCACCGUCACCCUCGCACCUCGCAGCUCGAGCGCCGAUCGGUCAUCAGGGGCCAAUCCGGGUCCGAGCGUGCCUCCAUCCGGCCCAGCGUGCCGCUCCGUUUUCAUGAGAAGAUAGCGGCCGAAAUGGACGACGAGAAGAAGAAACGGAAGCUCCUCAAAUGGCACGACAUGCCCAGGUACCUGCAGUUCAACCCCUACAUCCUCACCGGCUACCGGCCCGUGCAGAGCGUGUGGGACUGCGUGCAUUCCCUCUUCUACUUCCACAACGAGACCAUCAAUAUUCUCACCCACGGUGUGCCGAUAGUGUACAUUCUGGCGACAGUUCCUGGUCUCCUACCGUGGAAAAACCACCCUGAAUACGACCUGAUCGGCCACGUGCUGCCCUGGUGCCACCUGGUGGGCAGCGUGGCGCCUUGGGUCGGCUCCUUCUUCUACCACCUCUUCAUGAACUGCGAGCUGGGCGGCGAGCGGCUUUACCAUCGCCUCCUGCAGAUGGACAUGCUCGGCAUCUGGAUGAGCCAGAGCAUAGGUGCAAUGCCAAUGGUGAUCGCCACUGUUCACUGCAUGCCGUUACUGCUCAAGUACCCGCUCUUUGCCUUUUACGUGGUGCUAUCAAUCUGGGGCCUCUACAAGGCCCUCACCGCCUGGUCGCCCUGGGAGAGACGACUCUGCUUCGCGCUGCCCUUCCUUAUGAGGGUCUUUUUCUGUGGCCUCCGCUCUCUGGGUCUCGCUGGCGGCAACCCGGACGCGCUGCUCCACGUCAUCCUUCAGGACGCGGUUUCGGCCGUGGGCGGCGCCAUCGGAGCGAUGCACGUGCCGGAGAAGUGGUUCCCCGGGCGGCUGGACGCGUGGUUCAACUCGCACAACAUCAUGCACGUGCUGGUGGUGACGGCCGUGUACUCGAUGCACCAGGCCACCGUGAAAGACCUGCAGUGGAUGGCCGACGAGGGUGUCUGCUCGGCCAGGUCGGCGCCCGAGCCCGAGAUGGCCGAGCUGUGAGCGGCCGCGUCGCCACGACCAAUUUUUCCCCCUCUUUCGACUGAAAGCACGUUAAGUAGCUGCAAAAAAGCGAUUUUAACCACGAGAGAAAAAAGAAAGAAAGCAAGUUGAUGAUGUUGCAUGUGAUUCGGACUUUUUAACGCACGUCGUGACGACUGGUGAAUUUGAGAACGCAGUGCGCUGUUGACUUUUUUUAAGAACUACCUGCCGUGUUUGUGCCGAGGAGCGGCACGCGCACGUUGUUGCAGUUGACACACUCAACUGAUAUUUGAGUCAAAUUAUAUAAAUAAAUCGAUCAUUCCACGGAUAGAGAUGCUGUCAAUGAUUCCGCGUUUAGAUGUCAGUCUGGGGUGGUUUCUCAUUCCGAAAUCUGUUGGAAAGCCUUGUAGACUUUUUGGGGGUGAUAUUUAAUGAUUUCCACUAUUUGAUUCCAAAGCUUGUAUCGAGGAGUCGUUUGUUAGGACCAAAGUGAUCUUUUUAGCGCCUUGGUACUUUUCUUGCACUAGCCUGCUUCAACACGUAAACACAUACGAAUCUAGUCAUUUUGUAUCGGGCGCUUGUGCUGAUUGAUUUUUCAACCGCUUUCUCAGGGUUUGUGCGAAUCGCGAAGCGAUAGAUUUACACUUUUGAAAAGACCACCCUGGACUUUUCCGUUGGUUUUCCUUUGACAAUUUGCUUGUUAGUCUCCCUCACGUUGCCGCGAUCCAGCUAACAUGAAAUUUAAAUCCGUAGCAACACAAUAAGCAAGAAUAGUCAAAAUAUCCUGCCAAAAUGUUUUUCUAUAUUGUACAUGCAUAUUUACGAAAAGUUGCACUGUUGACACACGCAGAAGAUCUCUCGCAAUACACUUUGGGAAAUAGACUUACAUCAAACCGAACAAAACACGAAGAAGAACACGCGUACACCACGCACAGGGCCGUAGGGAUGACGUUUCGACAAACACAGUAGAUUGUUGCUCUCCAAAUUCUGAACAUAUAGUGAUAUAUAUAUUAUAUAUUGUCAAACUCGCAAAGUUUCAAACUUGAAAAAAAAACACAAUCCUUGACGCGAGUUUUGAUUAUGAUUUUGUGUUUGUGACCUAAAAUAUGAGUUUAAAUAUAUCUAUAUCAAACCUUGGAAUUCGUACCUUGACGUCGAUUUUCUCCAACUGGUGCACUUGCAUAUGUUUCAAUGUAAUGUGAUAUGUGCGCAUUUUGCUGGUUGAAAUGUGCACAUAGUUGCUAGACGCGAAGGCGCUGCACCCUAUUUAAAGUUGAACGAUUCAGCAGUUUCGCCUAUCAAGUGUCCGAAGGAAAUUUUAUUUCUCUUCUACUAGUGCCAGACCUCCCUCACUUGCAGUUUAUGAUUACUGUCCUAUUGUUACAUUAUUUAAGCCACCUGUCUUUGAUUUUCAAUUACUUUCGCCCCUCCAGUUCGACUCACAAGUUUUGUGGCGAAAACUGAAAAAAAUACCAAUUUCUCUCUACCGAUAAUAGCAAUAAAGAAUCUUGAAAUCUUUGAAAUUAUAGGCUGUAGGUUGAAAAUUAAUGCAUAAUUACAUAAUUGAUAAAAUUAAUUGUUGCUCUCAAAGACAUGUAGAUAUAAAAGCGUUUGUUGGAAAAAAUUUCAAGAGUCAUCAAAUGAAAUUUAAAAAAACGCACGCGUCACACAGUUUACAAAAAGGAAACACACAGCAAAACAUUUCACGCGUGUGGCACUUGACAGUUUUUGUAAAAAGCCAACUCAAAGACACACCAACCGAAAAGAGAAUUUCAGAAUGUGCACGCUUAGAACGCUGCAGCAAAUGAAUUGCACUUUCACGCAAAGUAUUUAUGACAAGAAAUUGUUGUCAUUCAUAACAAAAAAUUGAUUAGUCUCAUAGCACGCAUGACGUAACGUUGAUUAAAUUGGAUCUCGAAUGACGUGUCCGUGUAAUGAUAAAACAUAAUUAUAAAAAGCAAUUUCAAGGAGCGUCGUUCGCAUAAGGGUUAAGGAUCAUUCUUUGACGAUACUACAAACUAUGAUAAAAAAUUGUUAUCAACAUUAUAUAAAUAAUGAUAGACUGAAUAACACUUCUCUCUUUAAUUUGGAUUGUUCAUCAUGUCGUUGGACGAUCAGUCUCUAUUGUUGAUUAUUUGAAAGAUUAAGCCUUUGGAGAGCCUAGUGAUAAAAUAACUUUGUUCAUUUCGAUCUAGCUGUUUUUUUCUUUCCCACCUUGUCCAUAAGAUGGAGUCUGCAGAGCUUUUGCACUGGAAAUCUUAUGCGGCAGUAAUGAGAAAUUAUUUAGAGAUCGAUAGUGCUAAAAUUAUUAAAAAUUUCCAAAUCUUUCAUACUCUGUCAUGCGCGUGUUUUAAGAACGUUGAAAGUUUAAUAACCUGAACAUUGAUACAUUAAUUAGGGAAUAAAUUAAAUUGCAAUUAAAUAUUCUACAAAUCUUUCUGCGUCCUUCUCAAAAAUUUAUCGCCUAAUAUAUCUUAAAAUUCCCUAUAAAAUUCGGGAUUGAUGCAUUUAUCCAAAAGAUUAGAUUGAAAAAAGAUACAAUCUGUGAUUUUCACACCUGAAAUGCUCUGUAAUAAAAUGCUCUACGACUUUGGUUGGUUUAUGCUUUAAAAUAUGCUCAAGCUUUUAAAAAAUUGGCCCCUAAAUGAAAAGAACCACACGAUUGGACAGUUAUUAAUUCUACACCGUGUAGUACCUCUUGCAUGGUUUAAACCUUCGCCUAAACGCACUCUGGCAGAAUUAGCGAAAAAAAAUUAAAAACGAAACUUAAUCAGUGGUGGAAAAGUACUUUAAUCACAAUAUGUAUAAUUUCAUUUCAGGAACUUUUUACAUAAUAAGAUUACAAUUGGCAAACAUGUACAAUGGCUGAAACGUUCACGUGUACAUUGACUAACUAAAAAUAAAUAGAUUGGUUCCUUUCCUAAA